CACUCUCUGUACCAAACAUUUCUUUGAAAAUCGUGAAGUGUUCAAUUUUUGAGUAAUCGGUGUGUCGAAAUGCUUCGAUCAAUAUCUUCUGCCUCUAAGUUCAUUCACAUUACAGUGUGUUACGCGGUGGCCGUUUAUAUACUAGCCAUUAUGUGCCAUGACGACGAGUCUAAUGAAUUAGCUUAGAUACUAAGAUAAUAAACACUAAGUAAUUAGGACAAUAAAAUAUACCUAGUUAACAAUGGCGAACACGGCUCAAUUAAUUCGGCGACAAAGCUCGCGAGAUCUUUACGCACAACGUUCAUUAGAAAGAAUGGAAAUGAAGGAAUUAAGGGGGCGUUUAGUUCAUCUAGAGAAUGGUCAGCCGUUGCGUGCACAUGCUAUGUAUGGAGCGACGAACCAGGCAUUCGAAGACACCAGUCCUAACAGGCAGACAUCAGAAACACCGACAAGCAAGGAAAGCUCAGUUGAAGGAAGGGGUGUUUUCAAACCAGAAGGAGAUCCGGGGGAACGAGAAUCUUGGGACAGUAAGCUGACAUUUCUUCUAGCUACAGUUGGAUAUGCUGUAGGUUUGGGUAAUGUGUGGAGAUUUCCAUAUCUAGCCCAGAAAAACGGAGGAGGGGCAUUUUUAAUACCGUACUUUGUUAUGUUGGCUAUUGAGGGGAUACCGAUAUUUUAUCUGGAGUUGGCUAUUGGCCAACGUUUGCGAAAGGGUGCAAUUGGCGUGUGGCAUCAGGUGUCCCCAUAUUUGGGUGGGAUUGGAAUAAGUUCCGCGGUGGUUUCCUUCAAUGUUGCCUUGUACUACAAUUCUAUAAUAGCUUGGUGCCUGUUCUAUUUCGCUCAGAGCUUCCAAGCAGAAUUGCCGUGGUCGGAAUGCCCGAAGAAAUAUUUCAGUAAUGGAUCGUAUACAACCGAACCAGAAUGCGCUCUGAGCAGUCCUACCCAAUAUUUCUGGUACCGGACCACCUUACAAGUAUCGGAGGACAUCAAUUACCCAGAAACCUUUAAUUAUAAAAUCGCUCUUGCCCUUAUAAUAGCUUGGAUCCUAGUAUAUAUGUGUAUGAUCAAAGGAAUUGCAUCUUCAGGCAAAGUUGUAUACGUCACUGCUACGUUCCCCUAUAUAGUCCUGGUGAUCUUCUUCUUCAGAGGAAUUACUUUAAAAGGAAUGGGAGAUGGCUUGAUACAUUUAUUUACACCCAAAUGGCACAAGAUUCUAGAUCCCGUUGUUUGGCUAGAAGCGGGAACACAGAUAUUCUUCUCUUUAGGCUUGGCAUUUGGAGGCCUCAUUGCUUUCAGCUCGUACAACCCCGUCGAUAAUAACUGUUACAGGGAUGCCAUUAUGGUAUCUAUGACUAACUGCUUAACGUCUAUGUUCGCUGGCAUCGUUGUGUUCUCAAUUAUUGGGUUUAAAGCGACUAUGAUAUAUGAGAAAUGUUUAGGAACAAGGAACGAGACGCUGCUAGAGAUUUUUGGACCAGCAUACACGAGUAUGGUAAUCCCAGAACCGGGAACAAAUGUGACGAUUGAAAUGAAUGGAAAUUUGACGCAUUUAAUCAUGCCACAUUUGCCGGAGUGUGAUUUACAGAAGGAAUUAGAUAAUACAGCAUCUGGCACCGGCCUCGCGUUCAUAAUUUUCACGGAAGCAAUAAACCAAUUUCCUGGCGCGCAAUUUUGGUCCGUUUUAUUUUUUUUAAUGCUCUUCACUUUGGGCAUAGACUCACAAUUUGGAACAUUAGAGGGCGUGGUGACAUCAAUCGUGGAUAUGAAGCUAUUCCCGAAUCUGAGGAAGGAAUAUUUGACAGGCGGCAUAUGCCUGUUAUGUUGUUUAUUAUCUAUGGGAUUCGCACAUGGUGCUGGCAGCUAUAUUUUUCUAUUGUUCGAUAUGUAUAGCGGAAAUUUUCCGUUAUUGAUCAUAGCGCUCUUCGAAUGCAUUGGAAUUUCUUACGUUUAUGGAGUUAAGAGAUUCGCUGACGACAUAGAGGCAAUGACGGGCCAGCGACCAGGCAUAUAUUGGCUGAUCUGCUGGAAGUACCUGUCUCCCCUGGCCAUGAUAUCGAUCCUGAUCUCCUCCUUUGCGGAGUUAGCUGUGGAGGGAUCAGGGUAUGACGCCUGGAUCAGCUCUGAAGGCGACACAGUCAGGAAACCCUGGCCAAUCUGGGCCAUUCUACUGGUGUUGGUCCUUGUUUUGGCUUCUGUGCUAUGGAUUCCGGGAUUGGCUAUUUGCAGAUACUUCGGUAUACCCGUUAUAGAAGACGAAGAACGCGCCUGGUUCCCAGCUGAAGACCUUCGCGACUUCCACGGCAUAGAACCUCAUCCAGUCUCCACGUUGGAGACUCUGCUGUUUUGCACCAGACCAGACGGCACUGAAGGCUGCUGCUGGCCAGGCUGCUGCGAAACCGAUGACGAGGAAUAGGUACUUGGUUAUCACGUAAAAUGAGCGCACAAAGGUUUCGAUUGGUGUAGCUCUAAGUUGAAUUUCAAUAUGUAGCACAAUAAUGAAAUGCUAGGAAAUUGGAUGAUCUUAUGAUAGACAUAUUGUAUAUCUGUUAAAACUAUGUAAAGUACCUACAUACUUACUACACAAAAUUAUCAAAAAGUUUUCAAAAUGCAUUGUAAAGAUCGUAAGAUAGCUAAAAUGUUGGCCUAUGACAAUAAACAAUAAUAUACAUACUUACUCGUGAAAAUUUGGUUAAUAGGAAGAAAGAAAACGAGAAGAAGGCAUCCAAAUAGCAUAAUAUACGGUGAAAGACAGGAAGUACAUAUUUUACUUCCUGUAGCUAUCGUUUGUCUUGGAAAGC